AUACUCCAAUAAAGAUGUUUAAAAAGAAAACCAAAAAAAAAAAAGGAGGAACCAGAGACAGAAGUGCCGGAGGUUAGGCUUCCAAGUAAACAGCAAGCGUCGUGAUUAGAACGCUGCACGCUACUUCCACCAGGGACGGGAGCCCCUGACACUCAGAGGAGCUUUUCCAGGAAGCCAAGCGUCCUUAGAAAAGAUCCCAGGUCCGUGCAGGGGUCCGGUGGGACAUGGCGAACUCGGGCGGCGAGGACCUCCGGAGCCAGGAAGGGGAGAAUUUUCUCUACUUCGCCUAUGGCAGCAACCUGCUGACGGAGCGGAUCCACCUCCGAAACCCCUCGGCCGUGUUCUGCAGCGUGGCCCGCCUGCAGGAUUUUAAGCUUGACUUUGGCAAUCCCCAAGGCAAAACUAGUGAAACUUGGCAUGGAGGUAUAGCCACCAUUUUUGAAAGUCCUGGCGAUGAAGUAUGGGGAGUAGUAUGGAAAAUGAACAAAAGCAAUUUAAGUUCUCUAGAUAAGCAAGAAGGGGUUAAAAGUGGAAUGUAUGUCCCAAUAGAAGUUAAUGUUUCUACUCAAGAAGGAAAAGAAAUAACCUGUCGAAGUUAUCAGAUGACAAAUUAUGAGCGUGUUCCCCCAUCACCCCAGUAUAAAAAGGUCAUUUGCCUGGGUGCAAAAGAGAAUGGUUUGCCACCGGACUAUCAAAAGAAGUUAAACGCAAUAGAACCAAAUGACUACAAAGGAAAGGUCUCAGAAGAAAUUGAAGACAUUAUCAAAAAGGGGGAAGCAAAAACUCAUUAGAACCUAAUAGAAUACGUCUACAGAUAUUUUCUCUAUAUGCUAAUACAUUUUUAACAUUUAGAACAGGGAUCUGGGAUAUCUCUCUGUUUAAUAUAUUUUCAACAGUGUCCUGAAGGGGUAUCUCACUUGGGUGAUUCCUUGUUUUCAGGCUAUAAAAAGGCCAGGAUAGGAGUUAGACGAUUGAAAAGGGGGCCUUGCGGCAUUGGAAUGCAUGACAAGUAGAUGUGAGUAUUCCUUCUGUGAACCCUUAAAGUUAUUUUAUUGAGUUGA